AUGCCGACAGAGACGCUGGCUCCAGCCCUGCCAGAUAGCAAGGCCGCUGGCCCCGCGACACCCUUCAGUUCCACUGUACCCCUCCGCAUCCUCAAUAAGGGCCCUGACUACUUCAGGAGACAGGUGGAACCUAACCCAAAGCGCCUCAGUGCUGUUGAGAGACUAGAGGCUGACAAAGCCAAGUAUGUCAAGAGUCAGGAAGUCAUCAACGCUAAACAGGAGCCAAUCAAACCACCUGUGUUGGCCAAGCCUCCUGUCGGUCACACCCUCCUUUCCAAGAGAGGCCCUGGGAUUAGUGGAGGAGGAAAUGGAGGCGGGUUACCUUUCAAAGCAUCCAACAACAACGCCAAGUCUGACACAUGUGCAACAAGCAGCGGCAGCAGCAAGCGGGAGAAUUUAAACCUGGAGAUCCUAAAAAAUCUACUAAACUCAUCAUCCUCUUCUGGAGCAGGAUCUGAAGGACUAGGAGGUGGAGCUAAGAGUGCUGUGCUGAUGAGAUCAUCAGGUGGAAUGGCCAGGAGUUGGACACCAUCAGGGAUGCCAUUAACCUACCGAUCUACAAUGACGCUUAAUGAGCAACCAGCAGAAUCAGCUCCUAGUCCAAGCACCUCACACUCCCUCCGAUCCUUCUCCCAUUCACUGAAAGUCCCUCCGAUCAACAGCGGGGGACGUCGCAGUCCUCAACAGGGAGGAAACCUCAACCUUAGCAGACGAGUCCUGGACGAAAGAGGAGGGGAAGGAGGAGUUAUUGAUCGAUCUCGCUCCCCACUACCACCUCUGCUCACGUCCCACUCCUCCUCUGACCUCCUCCGACUGUGCAAUGGCAAGCCACUCCGCACCGCCCGAUCCAGCAGCUCCUCAGCUCCACCCCUCCCUCCAAAACCAAACCCAGCCUCCCUCCCUCCUCCCGCACUUUCCUUAUCGCUGCCUCCCCCUCGUCCAGCUCCGUCCCCCUCGCCCUGUGACAACACCACCCCUCAGUCGCUACCUUGUGGUAUUGGAGACCCUUCCAAUACUUCAACCGAUCCCAACCUGGAGCUUGAGCUUGGUUCAUCCGUGGCUCGUCGGUCCUCACUACACAGAUCUAAAUCAGAUCUGUCAGACCGGUAUGCCCGAGCUGGAGCUGACGUGGAACGCUUUUUUAACUACUGCGGCCUUGACCCCGAGGAGCUGGAGUCAGUCGGUCCAGAGAACUUCGCACGGGCCAACUCGGAUAUCGUCAGCCUGAACUUCCGAUCGGCCUCUAUGAUCUCCUCUGACUGUGACCGGUCGCGGCGAUCCUCCAACGAUGGACUGUCAGAUGGGGACGAGGAUGAGGAAGAGGAGGCCGGGGAGCGUGUUCCAUAUGGCAUCUCGGCUGUGGAGCGAAAUGCAAGAGUCAUUAAGUGGUUGUAUAGCAUCAAACAAGCAAGAGAGACGCAAAAAGUCUCACAUGUUUAGGACAAGCACUACAGUGGAUUGGAUGUACUCUAAGCUAUCGACAGACUGCCCCAUGUUUCAGAAUUGAUACAUGGGCCACAAUUCCUCACAGGUUUAAAGACUGUGAUCUUGGGGCUGAACUGAAAAGUUGUCAAAAUACAUAGAUGGAUGAAUGGAUGGAUGGAAGAGAAAGCCUGAAAAGUCAAACAAAAACUAGGUAAGAAAACAAGCAAAAUUAUGUUAAGAAAUUACUGAAGACUUGAGGAAAAGGACUGUAAUCCUCCCAGGUUUAGAACAACAUGAAGACAACAUUUAAGAACACAAAGGAAUAGAGCUUGGACAGUAACAUGAAUAAAAUGUUCAGUCUGGCGAGACAAACAAACACGGGACAUGUAUGAAAAGUAACUCUCUAUGGACACUGUAUACAUUUAGACAGACAAAGUCUGUCAGUUUGCUUGAGCAACAAGAGCAAAAUGCACUACGAUUGUCCAAGGACCAAUAAAAUGGCCGCCUCACUACAAAGGGUUAUAGGCCUUUCUCACAGUGAACAUUUUGGCUUGCCACACAUCGGUUUGACAACAUUACAAUGAGGUGUAGCCUGGUUUCAGACCUCUGAAUCAUCACCCCUAAUGUGUUUUGCCAGUUGGAUCGAGUUAUCUAAUCAAAGCAUUGUAAGUGGGACUAUGAAUGGGGGCAUAAUCUUCCUAAUAGCUUGCUAGUACCUUGCUAGUACACCAAACACAAAUAAUAACUCCAACUGAGAAUCCACAUUCACAGUGAGACAUUAGCAGGACGUCAGUGCUAUUGAAGCAUUCUGUCUGUUCAAUCCACAUGACUAUAACCUCCGUUCUGCCAUCUCUGUGCUCAGAAGCGGCUGUCCUGUCAGAAGGAUGCGUUUUAUGUUUGCAAGAAGAGCAACAGUAGCCUAUAUUACUAAUAGAUUAGACUGACUGACAGCGCAAUGAAUGCCCCCAGCUGGAGUACAAGGCAUGGCCUGCACUUACAGAGUCUACAUUUUGGAUCCAUUACAGAUCAAAUAUUCUUUUAUUCCCCACAAUUUAAUCUGAAACGCUAAUUGGUCAGGGCAAAGAAAACCAAAACUUCCAUUCCCAUCCCUGCAAGAAAUUGUUUAUUAGACAUACAGUAUUGAAAUACUCUGUCUCCAGGCUUUUGGCGGUGUUCAUGCUACCUAACAGGCACUAUUGACAUCAUUCGUUCCGCCUGGGCUUUUCCUGCAAUGACAAGUCAAAAUGUACUCUUUGAGAAAGGCCUGUGUAACAGUGUUGAUGUCGCAAUUUAAACAAACUUUGAAAAAGGUCCUGACAUCUUUGCAAAACAGAUACUGAACUCUAUCUGUCAAAAAUUACAAAUCACAUUGGAAAGUCAGUGAUGCUGGUACACUGUGCAACCAUAAUGAAAUCAGCUCAGUGCAGUUUCUUGAUAUUUGCUAUAGGUGACUGUUAAAGAAAUAACCGAACAUUUCAGCACUGACUUAAUAGUUCACAAAUAUGAGGUUAAUGUAUCAAAGUGUUAACCAUGACAUGUUGACAAACUCAAAUGGUGGUAAGCUAACUUUCACUGAGUAUAGCUCUUGCUAAGCUAAAUACUACAGUAUAAUCGCUACAUGAAGGCCAUGGAAAGUGUGAUGGCUGAGUGAUGAAGGACACUGGACAUUGACACAGUGAAUUUGACAGACACACACAGUAUGAAAUAUAAUCUCUCGGCCAUACUUGUCCAUACAGCAGUAAGGCUACACUCUCAUAUCAUUAUGCUGAUUAACAGAGCUGUUCUGUUCACGUUAACCAGCAAAACAUUUCAUUCACAGUUUUAGUGUCCUGUGAUAGGAUAUGGUUAUCCAGAGGCUGUUCCUGACAUGUAUCAUUCAAAUCAUGACUACUGGUAUUUUGGGUGAUUUUUCUGGGGCAUUGAAAUAGUGAAAUUUGGUCAAUUGGCUAACUGUACUAAAUAUUCUGCAAGGCUGAAUGGAUCAGUAAUAGCAGUGCCCUGGGGUGUCUUCACACCUAACCUUUUUGGUUCUCAGGUGUGUCCACCGUUUAAUUUCGUCUUCUUUAGGCUUGGGUGAACGUUGUCAUUCAAACAUCAAGAUCACUCUGGUGGUCUCGGUCAGCUUCCAGCCAAACUACUAUUUAUUCGUUUGUGAUAAAAAAAUCCAGACCAACCACAGGAUUUUGUGAUAAUAUGUGGUUUUAGCAUGAAUUCAAAAGAUAAACUAUUAUUCGGUUCAUACAAUCCACAUAGCAUUGGCUACCUAUCAUAAGUGGUGUCUGUGACUUUACACAUUCCACAUCUGGAAAGACCCAUCAUGAUGCUCACUUUGUAUUCCACUAGGACAGUGGAACCUAGCUAUUCAGUCUUGUUUAACAGUAGUCCUCCCUAUUAUACAGUACAUUUCAUAAAUCUCUGAAUUUUUUAGAUUUCAUGGUCGAGAUUUGAAAGAGUAAUUCUCAAAUCGCAAGAGUCGCAAAUUUAACCGUUUUAGUAAUCAGGUCUUGCAAUCAAGCCCUAAAAGCUCUUAAGUGAAAGUGUAGUCAGUGACCAUCUAUUUUAUUGACAGGUUUGGUCAGCAGUAACUAAUUAACAUUAAUUCCAUGAGUUUGCCAAACUACUAAAUUACACUCUUGCCUCGUCUGGUCAGUGUACUCUCUGCAGGCUAGUGUCUGUAUUAUGUACUUAUGGUCGUAUCUAAGAAGUUUCCUCGACUGUGUUUUUAUUCUCCUCAAAAAUACAUUUCAACAGGGUGUGAGUUUUUACAUAAAUGAUCUAGGUCAUCACAUCAUGCCAUUUUCAGACAGUUAGCUGUUAGGUUAUCAAGUCGCAUUGUGUUGUGACUUCAUGGGUCCAGUUGUGGUGAUGGUAAAUGAGCAGACUGUUGUACUCACAAAAACAGUAGUAGUCAUUUGAGUGUAGGCAUACGAGUGACAGUAUUUUCCCUGAUCGCUCACCCCCAUUUCUGCCUGUCCAUGACAUCUGAGGUCCAGUUGCAAUCUUGACAGAUAUUGCUCAUAAUUGAUCAAAUUCAGUAUAGCAAUCCAAAUUUUAUUUUCCUCUGUGGGUCCAUGUCACUUGGAUGAGACAGGAUCACCAAAAUUGUCCAAUGAAUAAGUUAGUCAGUUAGACCAGUCAGUCCGUAUAACUUAAUGAUUCCAUCUCUUUAUUCGUGAUAAGUAAGAACACUAGAUGGACAACAGCUAAAAGACCACCAAGCAGUUUUUUUUUUAUCUUUUGUGGGAACCAACUGAACCAAACUCCAGGAGUAAUGUGAGCUAAACACUCAUACCUAUAUUCACCCGUAUAUAUUACGUUACGUGACUCAGUGAAAUCCACUUCCACAUGCAAAUCUCUGGACAAUUCAUAAGUUAAGAACCAGAAAAUCCUGAAUAUGUCACCUGAUUCAUGAGUUUACAGGUAAUCAAAGUUGCCUUCAUCAGAGAUAAUCAUGGGCUAUCUGGCAUAAAAUGAACAACGCCUCAAGCAAUAUUGCAGGACACUAAAACUCUCCUUUCAAAACAAUGUUACUAAAAAUCUGUGACUGUAUAGACCACCAAGCACUAAAAUCUACACUGAAAGCAAUACUAAUGAAGCUGUCUUUUCACAGUUACAGGACACAUUACGGGACAGUAUCGCGUGGGAAAAUGAAAGGGGGAUUGUGGUCAUUUUGUGUCAGCCUUCUCUCCAAAUGCCAUUUAGGAUUUAGGUUUUUAUCAUUGCUUAUACUGUAGAUUGCAUCCUACAACCACACACACAGAAGAUUUUGGCUGCGUUUACGAUGAACAACUUGCCGAUGGCCUCAUCUCUGCUUUCUCGCACUCCGCUCCCUGUCUGUCCUCAAAGCCAACCACAGGAAGAAAACUGUUGCUCAACCUUUGUGUGUGCCCUGAUAAUGUAGGAGGAUGCAUCACCAAGUUCACCUCUACCCUUAUCCUUGCCAUCUGUCUACAUGUCUGCAGGUCACCGGCAUGUCUCGAGCCCUGAAGGCUUAUCGGUGUGAUUGCAGCGUCUCAGUCAGUUUGUCUGUCUGCCCCACCACCUCCCUUCACCUCAACUUAAACCUGUGGUGCAGGUCAGCUUCAGUGUGUCCAACAACAGCAACAACCCUGCUGGGCUUACUUCACUUCCAAGCGCAAGGUGCUGUGUCAGACUGAACACAACUUUGGUGAUAUUGGGGGAAUGGAAGCAUCAACAUCUGAGGCAACUGUUGCCUCUUUAAUUUUGACAGUCUAUGGUUUGGGAUGCAUAUGGUGAUUAUAUAUUGUGAAGGUGGAAAUAUUACCAGAGCCUGUAGAUAUAGGUUUGCUGUUGUGUAACACCUCAUUUACACUUAGCCUGAAACGAUAGUAGUUUAAUGCAAGUCAGAAGUCACCAUUGAAAGCAAAAGUGAUCAAACUCUGUGAAAGAUCAUUUUUGGCAUGCAACACUAAAUCUUGAGAUGAAAGGAAAUGUUAGUAGAGUUAAGGCCAUGUCAGAAUACAUCCUAAACUUCAACUGAGGUUAACAUAAAAUUUCAUCAGUCUGCAUUAGCAACAUCAUCGUAUUAAUCAUCAUCCUGGAAGUGAGGUAUAGGUUUGUUACUAAAAAAGCUACUAAAGCCAAAGUCACUUUGAAAUAUACCUACUUUAUCUACUAGUUGAGCCUCUUUUUAACUUUAGCUGAACUUAAGAAUCCACAAGACUGUGGAUUUUGUCUCUUAUGUGUAGUCACACCACAAAGGUUAAGCCUUGCUUAAAUGAGAGAAUAUCGUACACGUUUGAGCAAAACAACCUUAUGGGAGUUGUGGGAAGUUUAAAUGUUUGAUGCAUCCCUUCUUCCUAAAUCACACUGAAGUGCAAGUGAAGCCAGCGGGGACAAACACCCUCCCCCCAUCCCGUUGCUCUGACUUCAGGGCUGUGCUAGCAUGUUCCUGUCCAGGACCCUGAUCCGUCAUUCCCAUGUGUCUUCCCAGUGACCUCCCCUUUGAACCCAGGAAAACCUCUUGCUUAUUACUGUCAGCAUUAACAAAGACAAUAUUGUACUGUUCUGGCAGCAUCGCCAUGCUUCGGUUAGACUUCUGUCUACAUGGUGUGUGUGUUUUUUUGUUUUUUUAAUGGUUGGAUUGACAGAUAGAGUUCCUCUGUGGUAACUGCUUUGUUUUAUUUCUUCUAUGUGUAAAUGCUGUAAGAAAAAAUGUAUAUAUAUUUGAUUUGAAAAAAAAGCAAUGUGUUGGAUUUCAGUUUUUCUCUUUCUGAAGGUUUAUGUGUUACAAAAGAUUCUGAACAAAAAACUGCUGUUUUGUUCCCUGCCCUUAAUACAGAACUGCCGAAUCAAACAGGGCAGGAUUGUUUCAGAGACUUCGUGUUGACUGUUUUUUGACGUGGAAACUGUUAUAUUUUGCUCGAUUGAAAAACACGUGUUCAUGUUUAGUUUCUUUUGAUUAUUUCAAUAAAUGGCUUCUUUUGCCA